AUGGCCUUGGUCGAGAUCAAAGUAAUCUUGGAUUUUAUGUGCCCGUGGUCCUUCAUUGGCCUUCGUUCAAUGCAGCUGGCCAGAGAACGUUUUGCCAGCCAACUGAAUUUUGCUGUGGAGUUUGUCCCAUUUGAAUACGAUGCACCGGGAAAAUACCCAUCAGAAGGCACUGAUUGGGUUGAGUACUGCAAUAGCUUUGGUCCUGCGAAGGCCAAGUUCCUUCUGGAGGAGAAGCUGCCCCGCGCCUUUGCCAUUGGCAAAGAGUUGGGCAUUGAGUUUCGCCUUGAUCGACGGAUUGUGCACACAGUGGACGUCAACACGGCGCUGCUGGUGGCGCAACGGCACCAUGUGGCGGAGCGCUUCGCUGAGUUGACGCUGGCAGCGCACUUCGAGCAGCUGGAAGAUCCCAACGAUACCAAGGCGUUGGCAUCGCGCUUGGAGGCGCUCAACGUGGCUCCAGACGAGCUAUUGGAGGCCCUGAAGGAUCCCGAGAAGGAGGCACGGAAUUGGGAACGAACUCAAGAGGUGCGACCAAGCCUACGAAGUGGUGUGCCGCAGUUUGAGAUCCGCUGCGGCGGUGCAGAUCUUUGUGCAGAGGCAGUUGGUGGACCUACCAGCCCCACUUACUUCGAGGAGCUGGUCUUCUCUAGCCCAAGGUACUUCGAGGAGAUCUUCGAGAAGUGCCUGUCUCUACCAGAGCUCUGA